AGCUUGGCUGCCGCUGCUCGCCGUAGCCGCGUUUCCAACAUGGCGGCUCCCCAGGAUGUCCACGUCCGGAUCUGUAACCAGGAGAUUGUCAAAUUCGACCUGGAGGUGAAGGCGCUUAUCCAGGAUAUUCGAGAUUGUUCCGGGCCCUUAAGUGAGCUUACUGAACUUAAUACUAAGGUGAAAGAAAAGUUCCAACAAUUAAAACACAGGAUCCAGGAGCUGGAGCAGUCAGCAAGGGAGCAAGACAAAGAGUCAGAGAAACAGCUUCUACUUCAGGAAGUGGAGAACCACAAAAAGCAGAUGCUCAGCAACCAGACCUCAUGGCGGAAAGCCAAUCUUACGUGCAAGCUUGCCAUCGACAACCUGGAGAAGGCAGAACUUCUGCAAGGAGGAGACUCCUUACGGCAAAGGAAAACUACCAAAGAGAGCUUGGCCCAGACCUCCAGCACCAUCACCGAGAGUCUCAUGGGGAUCAGCAGGAUGAUGUCCCAGCAGGUGCAACAGAGUGAGGAGGCUAUGCAGACUCUAGUCAGCUCUUCACGGACUCUCCUGGAUGCAAACGAAGAGUUUAAGUCCAUGUCAGGAACCAUCCAGUUGGGCCGGAAGCUCAUCACAAAAUACAACCGCCGCGAACUGACGGACAAACUUCUCAUCUUCCUCGCCCUGGCCCUGUUCCUUGCCACGGUCCUCUAUAUUGUGAAAAAGCGCCUCUUUCCAUUUUUGUAAGCGAGAGCUGCCAGCUUUGACCUGUGCACUCCUGCGUCAGGACCCGAGGCUUUCAAGGACUGGCCGGGCUGCCGCACUGGGCUUCCCCUUUCCCUCAGGUGCUCAGUGAAUCCAACGGAGGGAAACACAGCAGCGCAGCUUCCUGCCAGAGGGCUUGGAAAGGUGUGUGGAACAUAGGAGACCGGAACCUCCAGGACAGAGGCACUCCACAUUCACCCAGCUUCCAAGGACUGCAGCUGCCUCACAGAGCACGUCAACUCUGAGACUUGGUGCACUUCCUCUUGCCUGUCCAGAGGCCUGAGUUCUGGGUCUGGUGGAGGGAAGAGAGGAGAGGCCUGUGGGAGGGGAGGUGACUACAGCUCAUGGCUAUUCCCUGAAUAAACCUCAUUUAUGUAA